AUCAGUUGAAAGUCACGGACGGACGAAACGCAACCAGCUGGCACAAUUUGAUCUUUUUAAGUCAUUUUCUUCAAACUGUGCAACUUUCCAGCGGACCAAUGGGGAGCGGAUGAUAAACGGUGGUGGAUGGUGUCUCCAUAUGCCACAUUAUCCAUGAAUUCCUGGACGGUUAAACCGGUUUCAGUAAACUGACUGUAAAUAAUCAUGGAACCGGAGGAGAGUAAAAUCUCAGUAUGGGUUUGCCGCGAGGAGAAGCUGGUGUCCGGUGUGUCGAGACGCACCACCUGCGCGGACGUGGUGAGAGUUCUGCUGGAUGACCACAACUUACAGAAAGGCGCGAGCGCGCCGAUGCUCACCGGCACCCCGCAGUCGUACUGCAUCGUGGAGAAAUGGAGAGGAUAUGAAAGGAUAUUGCCUAAUAAAACCAAAAUCAUGCGCCUUUGGAGCGCGUGGGGCGGCGAGCAGGAGAACGUGAGGUUUGUUUUGGUUAAAAACGACGCUUCGCUGCCCAACACCGGACCGCGGAGUGCUGAGGCGCGCGUUGUGCUCAGUAAAGAGAGUCCCCAGAACAGCGCAACCAAACCCACGAUGGGGAUUUCUCAGGAAAAACAGCGCAGGGUCGUGCGCAAGGCUUUCAGAAAGCUGGACAAAAUUAAUAAAAAGAAAGAGGAGGUUUUAAUACGAGACGAUCCGUCCGUGGAGAAAAUGGAGACGCUUGUGCAUCUUAUCAUUUCGCAGGAUCACACUAUCCGGCAGCAGAUACAGCGGAUUAAAGAGUUGGACGGUGAAAUCGAGAGGUGUGAAUCAAAAGUGCACUUUGAUCGGAUGAAAAGACACGGUGUGAAUUACGUACAAGACACUUAUUUGCAGGAACAGGACACUGAAAACACCGGAGACUCGCCGUGCGCAUUUGGUGAAGCAAUCGAGCAGUUUGAGGAUUACGCGUCACGGUGCGACCAAGUAAUCCAACUGCAAGAGGAAAUAACCGAGCGCGAGGCUCUCGUGGAAAUACUUACGGGGGAAAUACACGAGGAACUUAACCACAGGUGGAUGAGACGGCGACGAGAGGUCCUCUCCAACAAAGACGCGGAGAAUAUAGGUGAUGAAAUGGCCCUUAAGGUGACUUCGGUGCCCGGGGAACCAAUCUCAGUGUCCCACGAGCCUCUAUUAGACACUGAACUUGAGUUAGACGAGGAGAGGAUCAAAACUCAACUGGAUACGAGUUUAUACAUCGGGCUGCGCUUGAAAACAGAUAUGGAGACUGUAAAGAACGACUUGGAUAUCAGUCAGGAGAUUUUGGAUGCAAAGGAACGAGACCUGAGAGAACUGCUGGAAAAGGUGCAUAGAUUAGACGAACUGGAGGGGAAAGAAUCGAAGGAUGGGAAAGAUGGGUCAGCUGAGGCUGAAUGUGAACAGUUAGGUGUGGAUAAGGAUAAUAUUUGGGUGGAGCAGGCGAGGGGACUCUCAAAAACCUGCAGGGCCAAUGAUGAUGAUUCGGAUACGGGACUGAGCUCAAUGCACAGCCAGGACUCAGAUAACCCAGCUGUCUGCGAGUCACUUGUGUGAAUCGCUCGAUGCUGAACUCAGGGAACCUCGGCCUCAGUAGAUUUCAAUGUUAUAUUCUCUCUUUAUAAGAGAGAAAUGCAUGCAAAAUAUACCAGAGUAGUGUUAUGGUCACCUCGCUCUCUAACAUGUACAAGCUUGUAAGGUGCUUACUUACUAAAUAGUAACUAAUUAACCAAUGUAUAGACUGAGAUGUUCACUGUGUGCAGACCAAUGUUAUAAUAUAUGAACACUACUCGGACAUGCAUUUGUCUUUCAAGCACGUAAGCUAAUGUUAAAGAAUUAUUUAUUGUAACUUAUGCGUGAAUCUCUGCAUAAAACGUUUGGAGACAGAAGAAAGAAAAACUGAAGAUGAUGUCAUUUCUGUUCAUGCUUUUAUACACUACCCACCACAUUUGGAUGGAUAUACUGUAUGAAUAGGAAUUAAUGUCUGAACUUUGGUGCAACCCUAUAGUAAAAGUCUUUAUAAAGCA